CAUCAACACAAUCACAUUCACGUCCAAACCACACAAACCCAACCAACACCACCACCCACAACUUCAUCAUGGACUUCAUCAAGAAAGCUGCCGGCAGCCUGGGCAACAAGGAGGGACAGCAGCAAGACGGUCAGCCUGCCCAGCAGCAAGGCGGUCAGCCUGCCGCCGGCGGUGCCCCAGCCGGUCAGAAGCAGGACUACGGUGACAAAGCUUUCGACACCAUCAGCAAGAAGGCCGGCCACGACUUCACUCCCGAGCAGGACGAGAAGAUCACCGACGGACUCCGUGGCGCUUACGAGAAGUUCUCUGGCUCCAAGGUCAACGACAAGUACUCGAACUAGACGUACACGAAGAGCAAAGGCAGAAUGCAUGGACACUACGGUCACGAUCGAUGUCAGCUUAGCCAGUAACGAAGUCAUGAGCUUUGAAUGAAGCAAUACAAGCUCCGCAUUCGU